AUGUUCGACACGGUCUGUUCGCUUCCGCUGUCCUCGGACCUGUUCACUCAGGCUAUCCACCCCAAGGAGCCUGUCGUAUCCGUCGGUCUGGCUGCGGGCCACGUUCAAACUUUCCGAUUGCCGACAGAAGAGCAUGACAGCGAUGAUGAUGCCUCGACCUCGUCUGGCCGCAAUGGCAAGGGACAUAUUGACACCAUGUGGAGGACACGGCGGCACAAGGGCAGCUGUCGGUGCUUGGGAUUUAGCGUUGACGGAGAAAUGCUGUACUCUGCUGGCACAGACGGUUUGGUGAAGAUCGCCAAGUCAGAGAGCGGCCAGGUCGAGAACAAGAUUGCAAUUCCUCUCGAGAAGAGCGGGUCCAUUGAUGCGCCCACCGUGAUUCACGCUCUCUCCCCUCAGACCCUUUUGCUUGCGACAGACUCAAGCGCAUUGCACAUUUACGAUCUCCGUAUUCCUUACUCCAAGGUGUCUGCCAAACCCGAGCAGUCGCACCACCCCCACGACGACUACAUCUCCUCUCUGACUCCCCUCCCCGCUUCCGACACAAGCACCUCCGGCUUCAGCAAGCAAUGGAUCACGACCGGUGGCACCACACUAGCGGUGACCGAUCUGCGCCGGGGUGUCCUCGUCCGCAGUGAAGAUCAAGAAGAGGAAUUGGUAAGCACCGCAUUUAUCAGCGGACUCGCUAGCAGCGGAACCAGCCGUGGCGAGAAGGUGGCUGUUGGUGGAUCCAAUGGUGUCGUGACACUUUGGGAAAAGGGCGCGUGGGAUGAUCAAGAUGAGCGCAUCUACGUUGGUGGCGCCGAGGCAAUUGAGACCCUGACCGCUGUGCCUGAUUUCUUGGGAAAGGGCAAGAUGGUAGCAGCCGGUCUCGGCAAUGGAUUGAUCAAAUUUAUUCGCAUCGGCCAGAAUAAGGUGUCAUCUGAGGUUGUCCACGACGAGACUGAUGGUGUGGUCGGCCUUGGAUUUGACGUUGAGGGUCGCAUGGUCUCUGGUGGUGGUCAGAUCGUCAAGGUUUGGCAUGAUGCUGUGAACACUUCGGGCGGAGACAGCAUUGCUGGAGAGAAGCACAUGAUGGGUGACAGCGACGACAGCGAUGAUGGUUCCGAUGACAGUGAUGCAGAGGAACGACGGAAUGCCAAUGCCAAUGAGCGCAAGAAGCGCAAGAAGGGCAAGUCAGGCCGUGGCACUGGACCCGAUGUCAUGGCUUUUGACAUGGACUAA